AAAAAAAAAGAGACAUUGCCAAAAUGCCCAACCCGUGUCCUGUGAUUUGCUAUCUUUUUUAGCCUAUUGUGCACGUCGGCGUAACAGAGCUGCAGAAAGUAGUAUUUCAUCACGUCUGUUGCACGCGACCAGCGCUGCGCACGUCUAGGAGCACCGGUCGCCGCGAGCCGCACAAUCCAGUCAUGGACGCCACCGCGCCCGCAGCGGUGAAGGUCUCCAUCAAAGUCAUGAAGGAAAUCAUCCGCCGCGCGGGCCUCUCGACGGCGGAUCUGCUCGAGAGGCACGACGUCGAGGCGCGCUAUGCGCAGGCCGAGGCGCGCCUGGCCGAGGCCGAGCGGCUGAAGAACCAGUCGAAGAAGCGCGGCCACGUCGCCGGAAGCAGCGGCGACGACGGCCCGAUGACCCCCGAGGCCCUGGGCAAGAAGAAGAGCAAGGUCGCGACGACCUGCGUUUCUUCCGGCCGCUUCAGCAACUGCGCGUCCCAGGAGAACGUGGCCCACGAGCCGAUCGACCUCGCGGGAGACGCGAGCGACGGCCACCGGACGUCGGACGACGAGGACGAGGACGACGACGCGGCUCAUAAAAGAGCGGAGCGAUUACUGAGCGAGUGCGGCGCGUACGCGGCGAAGCUGAUCACGGAACUGAGAUCGGCCGGUCUAGCGUCGUCGACGCGGCACGGCGCGCUCUGCGCCGGCGAGAUGGUCUCCUCCAAUAGUUCGACGGACUUCGUGCCCCUGGACCAGGCCGAGGUGCGGCGGUGCUGCGGGCCGGACCUGAAAUUGCGGCAGCACCAGAUCGUGGGCGUGAAUUGGCUGCUACUCCUCGAGCGCGUCGGCGCGAACGGCGUCCUGGCCGACGACAUGGGCCUGGGCAAGACGAUCCAGACCAUCGCUUAUUUAGCGGCGUCGCGCGCGCGGAAGCUGGCGCAGAAUCCUAGUUAUCAAGGCCGGGACGUCGUCGUCGUGCCGGCGUCGACGUUGGGCAACUGGCAGCGCGAGUUCGCGCGGUGGGCGCCCUAUGAAAAGCGCGUCGUUGUCUACCAUGGGUCCAUGAAGGAGCGCCACCUGCUUCGCUACGAUCAAGAUGUGACAACCGCGCACGUCAUUCUCACGACCUACACGUGGUGGGAGCGCGAGGACUGCGAAGACGAUAGAAGCUUCUUCAAGCAUUACGCGCCCUGGGCCCACGUCGUGCUAGAUGAAGGUCACAAUUUGAGGAACCCGGACGCGUCGCGGAGCCGCCAUUUACGGCGCUUGGGGGCGCGGUCGCGGACCGUACUCUCCGGCACGCCCAUCAUGAACCGGCCGCUUGAUCUACUCUCGAUUUUGCUCUUCCUGAUGCCCGAUUUAUUUAGAGACUGCCGCGUGACGGACCGGCUCGAGGAGGUCAUCACGGCCAUGGACUCGGUCGGAGGCGUGAAGAAGUUGCGGGAGCUGCUGGCGCCGUUUUGUUUGCGGCGGGUGAAGCAGGACGUGUUGCAGUCGUUGCCGCCGAAGACGUCUCAUAUAAGCAAACAAAAACGUGGACUUGAGCGGUACAGUGGUCCGUACUACUUCCGGGUGACCCUAUACGAGUUCCCACUGCCCGCCGACGUCCCCGAGGAGUGUAAGUUUCUGUCUUAGACUGGAGCGCUUCCCCGGGGAUAACAAAACCGAAGGGUCCGCACUACGACUCCGGUGAGCGCGUCUCCACGCCAUCGAGCAGACGGCGCGUCGAUGGCGUAGAAGUUGCCCGCCACACGCCGUCGAGCAGACGCCGCGUCGCCAGCACUCCCUGAGAUCAGGAGCCCCACACGUUUAGAGGAGGUCUCCUGCUGAGCGAGCCGAGCCUUGGGGAUGCCUGCCCGUCGCGUAGGUCACGGUGACCAUGUGCUCGACGGCGCACCGCAGAUUCG